AUGAGCGGUGGCUUAGACCACGGCGGCGAGGAUCCAGAGGGCUCGUUUGUCCAGCGUCUCGAGAAGCGUCGCCGGCUCGAGGCGCGAACGCCCCGCUACGACCUCAUCUCCAGCAUCCCGCCGACCUCGAACAAGAAUGGUGACUUCUGGGACGUUUCGACAGUCGAUAGCGUCAAUUAG